AUGAAAUUCCAUUUAUCUAUUUUAAUUUUAAUAUUAUCAAUUGUUUCUUUUUGUUUUGGACAAAAGAUAAUUCAAUUUGAUACUAGUUCAGAUUGUUACCAAGGAUGUGAUUUUAAUGAUCCAUCAGUUUGGAUUGGAGGAGUAGCACCAAACCAAAACUUUAAAUAUAUUGCAUCGAUCAACUAUACUUCUACCAACAACAACUUACCACAAAACAUCGAUUCAUUUAAAUCAAUCGAGUUGGCUGGUUUGAUUGUCGUAGGUUCUCCAUCGGGUUCUCCAGUGACCGUUACAUCAUACACUACCACUCAGAUUAAAGGUUCCGUUUUGAUUGGAAACAAUGCCAAAUACGAAAGCGUGGAAGAUCUCAGUGCCACCAAAGGAGUCACUCUUGCCAAUGAAGGUGCAAUGGUUCUUGAAAUGGGAUCUGGAAUUACUGCCAACCUCAAUAGUUUGGCUGGCAACUUGACACUCUCCAACGCAUCCAUAGAAGGUAGUGUCACAUUGACUGGCGGACAAGUCUAUUUGGAAGGUGCCUACAUCACUCAAGACCUUACCAUCUCCUCGUCGGUAUCGACUCAUUUAACAGCCCCCCUCAUGGUAGGUGGUAAUUUCAAUCUCGGUCCAUCCUCUGUCAACCUCGUCAUCUGGGAACCAACCACUAUCCUCAAACACGUUGCUAUCCUCGUCGAGGGACAAUUCACAUUUAACGGUAAAUUAAUGGUCACCAUCCAAGAUGAUAGUUAUCUCGUAACUGGUCCAACAUACUAUAUCCUCAUGACUGCCGAGGCCUCUUUUAAUCCAAACCAAGUUGCACUCGCCAACAAUUUACCAGCCAACUUGAGACCAUUAUUCCGUUCAGUUAAAAUUCAAUCAGUCAAUUAUAUUACUCUUCAAUUUAAAAAUUCAAAUUAA